AAACGGCACAGCAGGACUCCUGUCUGAGGGCUCAGCCGCGCCUACACCGUGCUGCACAGUCCUGCAACAAAAGACAACAACUUGCAGAGAGUUGUUCAGUGCAGUUAGAUGGCAGUUUAACACCGGACGAGGAGAGAACAAAGGGGAGGGACGGUCUGAGCUGAUGGACUCGGAGAUGAGAUAGCGUCCAUAACCUACUCCACCUCCUCCAUCCUUCCCCGGACUCGGACUGACGGAGCUUCUUUUUCUUUCCGGAUGAUGUAACUGAACUGCUUUAAGACAGACUCCGAAGUGUUUUCCUUUAAUUACCAGGACUUAUAUCCGACGACCAGCCGCAUCCUCUGCCUUAUUUUGGAGUCCAGGUUUCGGUGAGGGCGCACGGCGCAGAGCUCAACUGGCUGUUCCCCGGCGUUUGUGAGCGGUGGUGCAGUCAUGUGGCAGAGGAUUCAGAUAUGCUGCGCACUGUUUGCACUGUAUUCAGCGGCACCGCCUGCACACAUCAACCGCCUGGCGCUGUUCCCUGACAAAAGCGCCUGGUGCGAAGCCAAGAACAUCACGCAGAUAGUCGGGCACACGGGAUGUCAGCCUCGCUCUAUUCAAAACAGAGCUUGUCUGGGCCAGUGUUUCAGCUACAGCGUCCCCAACACGUUCCCACAGUCAACCGAGUCUCUGGUGCACUGUGACUCCUGCAUGCCUGCCCAGACACAGUGGGAAGUGGUGACUCUGGACUGUCCGGGCAGUGAAGACUCUCCUCGAGUGGAUAAACUGGUGGAGAGGAUCUUCCACUGCAGCUGCCAGUCAUGCAGUAAGGAAGGCGCCCAGGAGGGGGCGGUGAUGCAGCUGUACCCCGCAGACAACGUGGUGGACGCAGCUCCGUCUUUAUCCGACACCCUGAGCAGCAUCCAGUCUCACCCUCUGCCCUACUCAGAUAAACACUCUGAUAAACCCGCUCAGCCGCAAACACACCACCACACGCUGCCACACACAUCAGACGGAGGGUAGAUCCGUCAUCCGUGUCAACGCUUCUGUGACUUUGCUCAUCUCUGCCGCCCUGUCUUCCUCUGUACCGAUGUGUAGUAUUGUAAAGGCACUUUGAAGACUUCACUUUGUGUUAAAAUGUUUCUCUAAGGGCGCACACACAUUCACAGUCAUGCUAUCAGAAUACACUCUUUUGUAUAUAAACUCAAACACACACCAGUCUUUGCACUCUUUUGUUUGCUGAUUAACACGUGCACAUGUGUGCAUCCAGACAUGACUAUAGUCUGUUAACAAGCUGUAGUCUUUUAAUCUGCUUUGAAUGCAAUAAAUCCUGUUGUUGUGGUA